AUGAGACCUAUUCCGGACCUCCCAUUCUCUCGCAAAUUCUCCGAUACUCCAUCUCCAUCCCCCGAUCCCCGCAUUGAUGCUCCGGCGACCUUCUUCUUAUCGCGAAGUCCAUAUGUUACGGAUCAAGAUUCCAGUUUAUCGUUAGAUAGCUCUGAGGAUGUCAAAGAGAAUAUGUAUGGAGUACAGAGUCUAGCUUCUCUGUCCCAAUCAGUCACAUCCUUGCCCCGCGAUCAUUCAGAUGGCCUGAAGCAGGCAACCGAUUUAGAAUCGCACCUCGCACAGCGGUCAACAUCGAAGCCGCUAAACUCAGGCACCGGGGAACCCCCUCAACAUACAUCUCCCAUCCAUGCAGUGUCUCGGCCUUUAACUCCGCUUACAUUGGGCAUCUCCGAUGACCCAUCCUCGCUGCCCAGCAGCCCUAAAUCUAUAUCCAACCAGUCCAUGCGACCACUCGAUGAUAUCUCUAUCACGGAUGAAAUUAAUAGUCAGGCUGUCGGAUCUGGAGAUGAGGAUGAACUCCACGAGUCUCCAUUUUGGCCCCCCGGUGGGGCCUCCCAGCUUAUCAUGCCAAGUAUCAAAAUGCCCAGUCGGCGCCCGUUUACCGAACGAGGAAAAGCCAUGGGUCGAUUCAAAGUUCUUCUAGCUGGUUCACCGGGUUCUGGCAAGACCUCGUUGAUCAAGUCUAUUGUUCAGACAUGCGAUGAUAUCGUACAUGUGGACACCAUCCCACAAACCACAUUGGGACGCCGCAGACCUUCCGGGUCCCGAUCUCGGGAGACAUUGACUGCCACUACGGAAAUUUAUGCUAGUACCAAACCUUAUCCUUCAUGGUGGUCUGAUCUGGAAGAUUCCCGCGUGCUCCAGCGUAGGAGAAGUAUCGGGGAAAUUGUGUUAGAGCGAAAUAUCUGUUUUGUGGACACACCCGCAACAAAUUUAAGCCGAACAGGUCAAAGCGACGCUAUCGCGCAGUAUAUGAGACAACAAUUUUUCCGUGCUACCAAUGCGCUUAAUGGGUCCAGUGUUGAUUUCCAAAACCUCCUAGCGGGGAAUGGUGGAUCCCAAGUGGAUGCCAUCUUAUAUUUGAUUUCUAAUGACACCCUCUCAACAGAUGUGGAAUCCAUCAGCAAGCUCUGCGAGUUAAGCAAUGUAAUCCCAAUAAUAUCCAAAGCAGACACCCUCACCCCAACUCAAAUCACCCACUUGAAACUCCAUUUCCACGAACAAGCUCGCGAGGCCGGAAUCAAACCAUUCCUAUUUGGCGACCCGCCGAACGGUCCAGAUGGACUCGAAUCUCAGGCCCCAUAUGCCGUCUCCUCCGAGAAAACAGUCGACACUGAAACAAUGGAUGCAAGCACUCUGAUGAGUCCAGACUAUGUGCAGCCACUUGUGCCCUCAGAACUAGACGCUUUAGUCAACAAAAUGUUCGAUCGCGACAACCUAGCUUGGAUGCGCCACUCUGCUGCAAAGAAACUUCUCCAGCAACGCACGGGCUCAUAUUCGCUCCCGCCCUCAAUGCCGCUACCCAGUACGCAGUCGGGUGCUACCGCAAGUGGGUCCGCAAAUACAUCCAGCAGCUGGCGUUCCGUCUCGGGAACCUCCAUUUCGGCCGGUUCCCCGCCUGGCUAUGCCAUGGCCCGCAUUGCGGACUACACCCGACAUGAGGAGCGCAUGGCGCAGGUCCGCCUUGCGCAGUGGGCGACAGACCUGCAGCGCAGCCUACAGAACGAACGCGAUCGAUAUACCUCACUGGCUCGCGGCGAGCGCGCUGUAUGGCUCACCGAACGACUAGGUGAGUGUGUCGUUGACGGCUCGUUAGUACCUCUUUCGCAGGCGCCUGGAUUUUGUGGUUUGCAUGGCCGCGAGAAGAGCUCUGGUGGGUUUCAGGUCAUGCACUCGCGUGCCGGCUCCGGGACGUAUCGCUUUGCAACUUUCAGUCCAAAUGACCCGCUCGGUGUGGUUGGCUGGAUUGAUGACCUUGGGCACCGGAGCUGGGUGAUUGUUCAGAUUGUUGGGAGUGUGGGUAUUGUUGGUGGGCUAGCGCUCUGGCUUGCGCGUACUUGGGGUUUGCCAACACGCAGCCUUGCAGAUUUGCGUGUUGAUUACUGGUGUGGUACUAUGGAACGGUAG